GCCCCCACCGGUCAGUCGGUGUCUGCGCGCGUGAGCAGCAGGCCGCCCUGGUUGUGCACGGCGGGCGCGCGCUCCCUCCCCUCUCGAGGCCGUCGCCGAUAGUCCAGGACGCCGACGUGGCGGAGGGCCAUGGUCGUGGUGCCCGUGUGGAGCAGCUGGCCGGCCUGGCGCAGGCCGUGGCCCCUCUGACUCUGCGGACCCAUGGGCAGGUACGUCGCGGGGCCGCGGGCCGCGCGUGGACACGCCAUGGCCACGGCCCUCAAGUCUCACUUCGGGGACUGCGAGCGGAGGUGCCUGGCGUGGCGAGUAAGGGUACGGUGCGCCAGGUGGUUCCAGACGUCACCUUCCGCCUGCCCUGAAACGAAGAAUAGCCAUGGAGCUGACUUCACCCGGGAGAGGGAUACCGGCUCGGACUACUGCACCGGCAGGUCCGUCCAGAGCUCGGCGGCGUCCUCGGCGGCCGGCCCCACGCUCGACCACCUGGUGGACAUCGCCAUCAGGAACGAGCCCCGGGAGCGCGAGCGCGACGAGCUGGAGCGUCACGUGGACACGUUCAGCGACGAGCUGGAGCUGGUCGAGCCGACCACGGUGCUGGGGCGCCUCCGGCAGUCCGUGCGCAACGGAGGCGUGCUGCACCCGCAGAGCUACUGGCACCUGGCCUGGCUGCUCCUGGUGACGGCCGGCUUCGCCUACAACUGCGUCACCAUCCCCCUCCGCUCCACCUUCCCCUACCAGACGCCCGACAACUGGUCCACCUGGUUCAUCUUCGACCUCGCCUGCGACGUGGUGUACUUCCUCGACCUGGUGCUCGUCAAGCCACACGUCAUCUUCGUGUACGACGGCUUCUGGGUGCGCGAGAAGAGCCUCACCAGGAAGCACUACUUCGCCAAGUGGCAGUUCAAGAUGGACAUCCUGUCGCUGAUGCCCCUCGACCUGCUGUACCUCAAGUACGGCACGGAGCUGGUGCUGCUGCGGGUGCCUCGCAUACUGAAGAUGCAGACGUUCUGGGAGCUGUUCGACCACCUGGACAGCAUGCUCAUGUCGCCGUACCUGGUGCGGGUGGCGCGCACGCUCUGCUACAUGAUGUUCCUCGUGCACCUCAACGCCUGCGGCUACUACGCGUUCUCGGCCAGGGAGGGCCUGGGCACCAACAACUGGACCUACAAGGGCGGCGACGGCCACAACGCGUACAUCCGCUGCUUUUACUUCGCCACCAAGACGGCGACCUCGGUGGGCAAGAACCCCCGGCCCGAGACGGAGGGCGAGUACCUGUUCAUGACGUGCUCGUGGCUCAUGGGGGUGUUCGUGUUCGCGCUGCUCAUCGGCCAGAUCCGGGACAUCGUGGCGACGGCGUCCCGGACGCGCAACGAGCACCGCAAGCGGCUGGACGAGACGCUGGAGCACAUGCGCGCGCUCAGCCUGCCCGACCACGUGCAGCGCCGCGUCCAGAGCUGGUUCACCUUCGCCGACCAGCAUCAGCCCUUCGACGAGGGACGCAUCCUCAACUCGCUGCCGCAGAAGCUCAAGACGGACGUGGCGCUCGACGUGCACGGCACGACGCUGGCCAAGGUGCACCUGUUCCAGAAGAUCGCCGACCAGGCGCUCAUCCGCGACCUGGUGCUCAAGCUGCGCUCCGUCAUCUACCUGCCGGGGGACUUCAUCUGCAGAAAGAACGAGGUUGGCAAGGAGAUGUACAUCGUCAAGACCGGACAGGUCGAGGUGCUCGCGCCGACCAACGGCGAGGUGCUGGCCACCCUGGGCGAGGGCUCGGUGUUCGGCGAGAUCAGUCUGCUGGCGCUGGCUGGGGGCAACCGGAGGACAGCGGACGUUAGGUCAAAAGGGUUCUCCAACCUGUUCGUUUUGAGCAAAAGCGACCUACACGACACCCUUGUCUACUACCCGGACGCGCAGAAGGUGCUCAAGCAGAAGGCCGAGGUGCUCAUGCAGGAGAACGCGGACCGCGAGCGACGGGAGAACCGACUGCAGCGGGGGUCGUCGCCGUCCUCGCAGGAGGAGGACGAGCCCUCGGAGGAGAGCGGCAGCGAGGUCCUGGAGGAGACCGCCACGGACGACAGCCCCGCGGACCCUGGAGAGGAGGACCGUCCCCGGAGGCACCCCGUCGUCACGAUAAAGGUGCACGAGGUGUCGCCGCCGUCGACCUCCGUCGACGAGGAUCAAGAACCCGAACCUGCCGGCGCGGCGCUCGAGGUCGCCGUCGACCCCGCGCCUCAACCACCCGAGUCGCCAGGCCCGCCACCGGGGCCCGCGUCGACACCGAGCUCGUCGCCAGGAACGCCAGAUCACACCCAGAGCGGCUUGCAGGCAGGCCUCCUGACGCCCGGGGACUCGGACCUCACCAGCGUCACCUGCACGACGGUGUCGUCGCGGAGCUCUGCGUCCCGGUUCUCGCCCCGCAGCAGCUGCACCUGCACCUGCUCGUGCACCUGCUCCUGCAGCUGCAGCAGCUACAGCUGCAACCUUGCGGACCCGAGGUCGUCGGUGGAUACGGGUGUGGCCGUGGCCUCCUCGCUGUGGGGAGACGACCGGGAGGAUGGCGACGACGAUGAUGAUGCCGGCGAGGGCGAAGGCGACGGCGACAGCGACACGCUGAGCGGCCUGAGCUCCACGUCGCUCUUCUCCCCGUUGGUGUCGCCCGUCCUCGGACCUCAGCCGCCGCAUCUCGCCGCCGCGGCCCCCGUCACCCUCCAGCACCGGCGACGGGUGUCGGCCCCUUCGCCCUCCACCACCACGCUCGCCUUCGAUGUCGCAGAUGGGCCGCGGCUCGCACGGUUGUCGCUGUCCGGGCCAGCCGGGAGAGGUCGCCGCACGGGACUACGCAUCACGCACAGGACCCACCUGUGACCUUUCCCAGUGAGAAAUCAUCGAAAUCGAUGCGAUAUCGGAUCGAUAUCGAAACGGUAUCGGCUAUCGGAUAUGAGACGAAUCUAGUAGGAACCCAUUUAUUUUUUCUGCAUGCGGUAUAUCGAUGUCAGCGAUGUCGGUCUGGUAUCUCUGCGAUGUCACAAUUUCUCACUGGGAAUUUUGGCAGGGCUGGCCUGGGUACCAGCUCUCUAGAUCAGAUUUGCUUUUCCGCGCAGUAACUUGAAUGUAACUUUUUCGCACAUUACUAAAAGAAGAGAAUGAACUUUUCGCACAUGUGCAAGUACGUUUUUCGGUUUUUCUAGUAGGUGGAAAUACUUGUGCAACUUGGUGUACUCGACUUAUGUGGAUUAAGGGGUGCAUCAAAACACUUACUGUUGUACCUUCAAGAAAAGUGUGGCGACUUCUGUAACGUCAAUGUGCGGAGAAAGUACACAGCUAGUUAAUGCGCGGAAAAGUGGAAAAUUAGUUAAUAUAUUCAAAUUUGUAUUUUAUACCCGUAGUGGCCCGAUCGUUCCUUUGAAACUUUGCCUUGGUUCUCAUAUAUCUCAAACCCGGUGAAGAGGGAUUCAGAGUUGUAGAGAUUUUCUAAAAAGUCGCACAACUUUGAAAGCCUUCGUGUCCUUUGUGUCCAUCUGCGGUGGGUGUUGAAAGGAACUUUUUUUUGUCUGUGUAGCAUCCACCGCGAGAGCCCGAUCUAACGUAAAGUUACCGGAAUGAGUAGUAGUC